AUGGCCCUCGAGGUAUCAAACCAAAAAUCAGAACCAACAACUUUCGCCGACGCCUUCUUCAACUACGACUUCAUGAACGUCGGCAUCAUAUUCAUGUCGUCCGCGGGGCUCGACGCCGCCCGCGAGAUGCACCGCACCUUCAAGCCGGGCGGCUUCGCCGUCGUGAACUACUGGAGGGCCAUCACGUGGAUGCUGCUUGUAAUGCUAGUGCACAAGGCGUUCCCCGGCGAGACGGCGCCCUUCCCUGCGCGGCCUGCAACUUGGACAGAUGGGAAACUGCUGAGGAAGGUCCUGGUCGAGGUUGAGUUUCAGGACGGCAACAUUCGCCUCGAGGAUCAUGAGCUCCCCCUCAUCCAGACUGCCCCGGUCGCCGACGGGCCUCCCGAGUUCGUGAAAUUGAAGGACUCGAUAGUCAACGACUUCGUUCAGAAGGUGCCUGAGGAGUAUUAUAUCCCUCAGCAGUUCGUCGAUAACCCGCCCAAAGAUGUCACCGGCAUUGCGCGCCAGAGUGGCAUUAUGACUGAAGAAGAGCUCGACAUCACCGAGAAGUACGAUGCCUCGUCUCUGGCAGACGCCAUCCGCAUCCGAAAACUCACCGCGGUCGCCGUUGUCACGGCCUUCGCCAAGCGCGCCAUCAUUGCGCACCAAGUCAGCUGCUGCUUGGUUGACUGGUUCAUGGACGAGGCCGUCCAGCGCGCGAAGGAGCUGGAUGAGUACCAGGCUUCAACUGACGGGACAGUUGGCCCCCUUCACGGCAUCCCCAUCAGCUUGAAGGAGCACAUACCCCUAGCUGGUCAUUAUUCUGCGGCUGGAUACGUUGACACCAGGGUCAAGGACACCGAAGACUGCCAUAUGGUGGCCAUUUUGCGGAAGCUGGGCGCCAUCUUCUACUGCAAGACCCAUCAGCCGCAGUCACUUAUGCACCUGGAGACCGAUUCACCCUAUGGCCGAGUUCUGAAUCCUUACAACAUCAACCUCUCUGCAGGCGGUUCCACCGGCGGAGAGGCUGCUUUGAUCGCCCUGCGUGGCUCGGUGUUGGGCAUUGGCACCGACAUUGGCGGCAGCAUUCGUGGACCUUCUGGCUUCUGCGGCAUCUACGGGUUCAAACCGACUUCGCGCAUGCUGCCCAUGCAUGACUUCCUCCACGAAGGGGCCGCUGCAGAGCUCAACAUCCUCAUAUCGGCGGGUCCAAUGUCCACCACGUUGAAAGCCAUGGACUUCUUCAUGUUCGCCCUCCUCCACGAGCGGCCGUAUCUCGCUGACCCGCAACUGGUUCCUGUCCCUUGGAAGAGGCUUCGCAUUGAGCUCGAGAAGAAGACCCCGACCAAGGCCGAGAAGACGACCCCGACCAAGGUCGAGAAGAACACUCCAAUCAAGGUUGGCAUCAUGAUGCACGACGGCCACAUCCAGCCACAACCGCCAGUUACUCGGGCUCUCGAGUGGGCCAAGGCCCAGCUGCAACUCUCCCCAUGCUUCCAGGUGAAGCCAUUCAUGCCUUACCGCACGGCAGACGCCAUCAAGCGCAUACGCAAGGCAUACUGGCCCGACGGAGGAAAAGGCACUAGGCAGCAUCUCGAGGCGACCGGAGAGCCCAUGUUCCCGCUGACCAAACACAUCAUCAAGGAUGCCGAGGGCCCUGAGUUGACGGCGUCCGAGGUGCACCAACAGCGGCUCGCCCGCGACCGGUUCCGAUUCUACUUCGCCAGCCACUGGACCGAACAGGAUGUAGACGUCGUCAUCUGCCCCGUCUUCGUCGGCCCGGCAUGCGCCCACGAUACGGCUUUCUACUGGAACUACACGGCCUUCUGGAAUUAUGUCGACUACCCUGCCGCCGUCUUCCCGACGCCCAUCACGGCGUUGAAGAAGGGUGAUGAGGACUACGCCCCGUCGAACAAGGCGCCGCUGAGUAAGGAAUGCGAGCAUGUCAGGAAGAUGUGGGCCGAGGGUGAUUUUGAAGGGGCGCCGAUUGCAUUGCAGAUUGUGGCGAGAAGAUACCAUGAUAACCAGCUGUUCGGUGCCUUGAAAGAUAUGCAGGAGGCUCUUCAGCUCGGUGACUAA